AUGCUUGUGCGGCCAUUCUGCCAUGGACGCAUUAUAAAACGGACCAUACUUGUGGGGACAAAGAGACUUGCUUCCCACCAAGCAAGCGUCGUCGACGAGUUACGGGCUCGAGGAUUUGUUCAUGAUGAAACGAGGCGCGUCUUUUCAACCCUCUCAGAUGCCACCAAGAAUAAGUCAACUGUCUACCUUGGUGUUGAUCCUUCGGCAGACUCGCUUCAUGUCGGAAAUCUCGUUGCCUUGAUGGCCCUGUUACAUUUCCACAUUCGAGGACACCAGACCAUUGCUCUUAUUGGAGGUGCUACUGGGAUGAUUGGAGAUCCAUCUGGGCGCUCGACUGAACGCAACCUUCUCUCGCCAGAGGAUCUUGGACGAAACGUAGAAAGCAUCACCGGCCAAGUUCAGGAGUUUCUACAACGAGGUGCAUCGUAUGCCGGUAAGCGAACGCGGGAUGUGAGAGCGCAUCACAUCCCAAAGGUCGUCAACAACCUCGAUUGGCUUGGGAAAAUGACGAUGAUUGACUUUCUCCGUGUUGUUGGGAAGCACGCUCGCGUGAAUCAAAUGAUCGCCAAAGAGAGUGUCAAGGCUAGACUGGAAUCUGAAAGUGGAAUCUCCUUCACAGAGUUCACAUAUCAGCUCCUGCAAGCCUAUGAUUUCUACGUCCUCCACAAAGAGCAUGGCUGCAACAUUCAGAUCGGCGGCUCAGACCAGUGGGGUAACAUCACGGCGGGCACUCAGCUUAUACGCCAUCUCACGGCCGACGAAACGGGUGUAGGGGCAGAGACCUACGGAUUGACUAUACCGCUCCUGACGACGAGCGACGGCGAGAAGUUUGGCAAAAGUGCGGGCAAUGCGGUGUGGUUGAAGGAGGACAAAACAACAGUAUUCGACUUCUAUCAGUUCUUCAUCCGGGUUGAGGACGCCGAUAUUGAGCGAUAUCUACGCAUACUAACCCUGCUCCCAGAAGAGGAGAUCACGGAAUUAAUCAAAUGGCAAAAGUCCAGUCCCGAGCUUCGCGUUGCGCAGAAGCGGCUCGCCGAUGAAGUGACCGAACUUGUCCAUGGCGAGGAUGGCCUGGCCCGUGCACGUACCAUGACACGGGUACUAUAUAAUACAAAUAUAGAGGAGCUCGAGGCGGAUGACAUUGUGAAAGCAUUCCAGGGCGAUCCCCGGCUAAUACAGCUGGAGUGGAGUGAAAUCGAAGGGAAAGUGAUCCCCCAGUUUUGUCUAUCGCAUAAGAUGAUGCCAUCACUGACGGUUGCACGACAGCCCAUCCGACAGGGUGGAUUCUAUCUAAACAAUGAGCGCGUGGAGGAUGUCCAAAGGCAACUGGAGCGAAGGGACUUCAUUCAGGGUCGUUUUGCUAUCAUGCGAGCAGGGAAGAAACAGCAUCUCAUCGUCGUUACCGAGGUACCGCGGGAGGAACACAAAUGA